ACAAGUUUGAUGCACACGACUAAUCCUGUUUAAGUGAAUAUUAGUGGUGGAAUAAUUAUGGAUUUUUUUUAUUUACUCUCUCUCUCUCUCUCUCUCUCUGUGUCACUUCCACUGGACCCAACCAUCAUACCAGAAAUGACCAAUGAAAGGGAAGAAGCUCUGUUAUGUUCUGUUCUCUCUCGCCUAUUACAUUACCACAACAUCAGACUCUCUCUCUCUCCCUCUCUCUCUGUGUUGUAUAAGACAGUUGACACUCAAGAAAGAACUCAGCUGCUUCUGUUGUUCUGUUUUCCAAUGUUGUCAUCAGCAGAGGAACAGAACAGCCAUAGAGUGUUGUUGUCCGAUAGCAACAAGAACAAGAGUCUCGACAGAGUUUCUUCUUCCACUUCUUCACCAUCAUCAUCAACAUCCUCGUCUUCUUUACCCAUCUCUCAAGCCCAAUUCAAGCCACAACCCGCCAUGGAAGAGGUCUGGAAAGACAUAAACCUUGCUUCCAUCCACCAUCACGGCCAGAUCCCCCAUGAUCCCAGGGUCAGGACCCAACACCCAAACUCUAUUCUCCAAGACUUUCUCAACAGACCACAGAGCCAUGACCCACCGCCGACCAGACUGAGCAUGGGUUCUUCCAGCAAUGGCGACACUAGCACUGUCACUGCUCUGUACGGCUCUCCUCUCCCACCUCCUGCAACUGUUCUCAGCUUGAAUUCGAGCGCUGGAUUCGAGUUUCUUGAUAACCCAGAUCCUCAUCUGCAGAACCACCCUCACCUCUCCUCAAAUAUUUCCUCUCUCACCACCCCUUUUGAGGCUCUGGCUUCAGCUGGUCAGUUUGGUUUUUAUGGGAAGAAAAGAGGCCAAGAUUCUGAUAGUUCAAGUGACAGACGCCAUAAGCGUAUGAUCAAGAACAGAGAGUCUGCGGCUCGUUCUCGGGCUAGGAAACAGGCUUAUACAAAUGAGCUGGAGCUUGAAAUUGCUAACCUGCAGGCAGAAAAUGCAAGACUCAAGGGAGAACAGGAACAGCAGAGGAUGGCGGCAGCAUCCCAGCUUCCCAAAAAGAACACACUUCAACGGACUUCAACAGCUCCGUUUUGAAGGGGGGAAAAAAAGAAAAAGAAAAAUCUUCAAGUCCCUUUCUGUUUAUGGUUUUGGUGAUGAAGUGUGUUUCUCAUGAAUCAGGAAAAAGAAAAAAAGCUUGUACCUUUUUUUAGCUAUGACUAAGCAAAAACUUGCAGUUAAACCCAAGAUAUCACGGGGAAAGGAAGAUGUAAAAAUAUCUAGAAACAGAAAGAGUCAUUUCCAUU